AUGACCGAGCGUGGUCUGAAGGUGGCGAGGUCCGUUGACUCAAAUGGUCGUCUCGAGAACGGUGUCCGCCACCAUGGUUCCGUUCGACAGACUGCCUCUCCACCUUUGCCCACGGCUGACGCCAUCUACCUAUACUCGAUUAGCAACCAGAGCAACACGCUCAAGAACGACCACGAGUUCGGCAUCCUCUACAACAAGACACCAAAGGACAUCGAGGAUGACCUCUACACGAGCCGGCGCCAGUCUGCCGUCAACGCUGGUGAGAAACGUCACAGCGGCCUUUCCCUGGCUUCAUACCCCCAACGAGGCAUACCUACCAGGAGUCAAGCGAGAGGCUCUCGAGUACCAAGUGAAAGCAUUGAUCGCCGCAUGCAAGACACAGAUCAGCAAGACGCCAGCGCUCCAAAUGCCCUCACGCACGAUCAGCGCAUCAUACGGCCUCAGUGCAGCGGUCGCAGUACACUUGAUCGCCGAGACAGAGGUGCCAAUCCAGACAGAGGCAAAAAGACACAUGUCGAUCGAGUCUUCAGGUGUCUCGUGGUGUCGUACGGAGGAGGCAACCACAGGCUUCCGCUGGUGAGUCGAACAUGGUCGCUCGUGCCAGAGGGCCUCUUCCCUGAGCAGAUCGACAUGGACAACAUCGACUUUGCCAUUCUCGAUACAAUCAUCGCUACUUAUUUCGCAAUUACUCAGGGCCACGCAAAGUGGUAUCGCUACUUGGAGAGUGGAGCGGAUUGGCGUACGACGUUUCGGUGGCUGCGCAUCUGGAGAAUAGUCUUUUAG